CAGGCGCCCUGGAGUAGAGCGUUCCUGGCGCCAAGGGCGCAGACAGCGGAGCCGACUAGCGGAGGGGAGCGCAGACGACGGUAGCAGUCAGAAAGAAGCAGGCGAGUGGCUGUAUUCGUUCGCUGCCGUGUUCAGACGAACAAGAGCUGCAGUUCAGUCGACCUGCAAUCGCCAGUGAGUUGUGUCCGGAGGGCGGCAAAGAGGGAGAAGAUAGAUAUUACGCUCUGUUAGCGAUGUAAUCAGACGACAACAUCAGCUGCUGUUAGUAUGGUGAUGAGACGUGUAAAUCUGUUAAGUGCGCGCUGAGUUGUGCAAUAGCAAGUAAAAAGUAACCGUUUUCUAGUCGACAGCAGCGUCGAUUGAUUCGGCUGAUUUAUUCUGUGUUGCUGUUAUAUUGUGUGUGGUAUGACGGAUAUUAUCGAUAUAGAGCAGAUAAAAAGAAGCAGGGUCCAGUCAAAUGAGCAUGUUGCUGAACUAACAUGACAACUGCAAAAGGUCUGCUUAACAAGGAUACCAUCGCUGUGUCGCCUCGAGCAGCGCAACAACUUGAAGUCGAUCGAGGGAAACGGAGUGUUGUCGCCGACGCAGCUGCAUCACAACGAAACUGCGAUUUCUCCCGUCGCUGCUGAUGCCGGCGUCUUGUUUUUACUGCUGCUGCCAUUCUGAGUAGCAGGAGAUCUCUAGCAGAGCUCCCCGCAGAUGGUGGAGCUAUGUGGUUUCAACAAAUGUAACUAUCAAGACAAUGACUCCAUUGAGAGUCAUGUAGAUGAUCAUAUCAACUUCGCACCUAUACCCCAAGGCGGGUAAUAUGAUGGUGGGGUUGCCCGCCAUUUAAGGCCACCAUUUAGGACAGCUAAUUAGAGGAAGUGAAUCGCGGGCGCGGCCAGUAACGCCGGGAAGAAAGGCCGAUGCUGGAACACUGGAUACGCCGGCGCAGCAGGGCGCUGUUUGGUGUAUGCGCCUUUACGACAUUCAUUCUAUUUUGCCUUAAAUAUGUUUACCUGGGCGAACUCGAAAUACCCAACGGGGGCAUUGCAGGCGGGCCCGGGGCCCGCACUCGACUUCUUGAUCUGCCGCUGGUGCCACAGUUACCGCAGAGGGUUGCUGACGAAAACAUGGUGGCGUAUGAACAGAUGCAGCCCGAAACAGCUGACAGUGAACGAGUUCGUUUUUACAUGACUCGCCGUAGCGAUGUCAUGGUCUUCUUGCACAUUCAAAAAACCGGUGGUACCGUAUUUGAGCGACACCUCAUUAAAGACCUUGACAUCGAACAUCCGUGUGUACCUGGGCCUGGGCGAAAAAGGUAUAAAUGCCAUCGAGGCUGGUCAAAGAAAGAGGGUAGCUGGAUCUUCUCUCGUUAUUCGGCUGGUUGGCAUUGUGGCCUGCACGCAGACUGGACUGAGUUGACGGCAUGCGUCGAUGGUGCUAUAGACCGGCAGGAAGGUGUUCUUCUAGCUCAACACAGCCGAACUGCAGAAACUCAAUCAUCUAUUGGACCAAGGGGCCGUUCGGCUGCAGGGGCAAUACAACAAGUUGCCGCCUCAGGGCUGGUCUAUGCAGGGACGACCUCUUCCGCUGGCAGCAGUAGCAGCAGCAACAGCCAACAGCUGUUAGUGCCAUUGCAACAACAACAACAACAACAACUACAUUCGCUCAAAAGAAGAUAUUUUUACAUCACGUUACUCCGUGAACCUCGGUCCCGAUUCCUCUCAGAGUUUAGGCAUGUACAGCGGGGAGCCACGUGGAAGACUUCGAGGCACAUUUGCAAUGGACGGCCUCCAACCGUUGACGAGCUACCGGCAUGUUACUCGACGCCGGAUUGGAUGGACGUGACGUUUUCCGAAUUCGUGUCCUGUCGAAGUAAUCUGGCCAUCAACCGCAUGACUCGAAUGCUGGCUGAUCUAUCGCUCGUUGUUUGCUAUAAUGAGUCGGCCAUGCCUCGCGCACAGCGGGACGCGUUGUUGCUCGCAUCAGCCAAAAGUAAUCUUCGCAAAAUGGCUUUUUUCGCCCUUUGCGAAUUCCAAAAGAUCUCGCAGUACCUUUUCGAGCGUACUUUCGGCCUACGGUUUAAACAGGCCUUCGUUCAAUACAACUAUACUAGAAGUUCAUUGGCUAUCGCGGAGUUGCCGAUCAGAGCAGAGCGAUCAUUAAGGCGAAUGAUCGGCAUUAUAUGGGAUGGUGCCAUCGGGAAAGGCGGACAUCUAUUGCGAUUUCCAGGGACUAUCCCGCUUCUAAUUACUCAAAACAGGAACUCAACGAGGCUAAAGUGUUUUUGAAUGGGAACGACAAACAGGAUUACAUAGGAUGAAUCGAAAGAACAUGUUGACGACGCAUAGUGAGACUUGUGUUGUACCUGGAAAGAUAUAAACAGUAUCAAACCAUUGCAGAGAAUAAGAGACAUACUAUAAUAGUUCGCAUAGAUGAAGAAGACGAAAACAAGAUAUCACAAAUGGAAUAGAGAAAAAGUUUUACGUGACAAUUGAAAAACAGAAACGGUGAAGAACAAUACGGAGCCACAACGGUGUACUUCAGGGAGAAAUACAAAUGCCAAUAAAAACAUAUCCGAGUUUAUUGAGGAACUGACCGCACGACAUAGUAGCGUCAGACAUCUAUAUCAGGGAAAAAAUCAUGUCAGCAAAUAGCACAUAAAGGUGGUUCCAAUAAACGCAUGUCUGUGUCGUUAAUCUGUGACAAUGACGAAGUACAUACGUACAGACACCGAACAUGAGACUUUUAAUGACACGUGACGAAGCCAAUUGGGAACGACUCAGGCUGAAAGCAUUGUUGACAACUGGCGUGAAGGAGGGAGAGAACUAAGAGGGUCGGAUCACGAUGGAGCAAGCCAAGCUGUUAACAUGUAGAUUGUGUUGUAUGUAGGUGUGUAUGGCCGGCGUUCGAAAGAGAUGGGAGACAAAUGUAUUAGGAGCGUACAAAAAUCGCUCAAAUAGAGUACAACUAAUAUGCAAUGAACGAUAUUACGAUGGCGGUGAUCUAAAUAAUAGGCAACAACUAUAAAAAAAUAAGAGUUAACAAAAGUAGCUACUAGUGUUACGUCAACGGCAAAUCAAAGGUGUCAGAAUUCAUUAUAAAAUGGCAGACAUAUAGAUGAUACUAAUGACACUAAUCGCUUAAACAAAACAAAUAACUGAUACAAAUAAU